UCAUGGACGCUUCCUGUGACCAGUUUUAGCACAUGGAAUAGUAGCUCGCCGGGCUUAGUGCGGCGGCCACAAAGUUGAACAGGCUGAGUUAAGAGUCCGGGCGCCCUUGGGUCAGUUGCCCGGAGCAGCACCCGUAGAGCCCCUCUUGGUGCCUGGCUCUGGCGCUGCCAUGUGGCCCCCGGAGCUGGCGGUGCUGAGGGGCUUCCCCACCCACGUGGAGCAACAGCAGUGGAAACAGGUGGAGGAAGCCGGCGCAGAUAGUGGAUCCUUUUUACAGUUGAUGUUAGAAGGGAACUAUGAAGCUAUUUUUCUAAAUACAGUUACCCAAAACAUUUUUACUGCAUCUAUUUUGAAAGAGGAGAAGAUUGACAGCUACUUGGAAAAUCAGAUUCUUUCAUUCCUGGACUGUUCAGAUUUGUAUGAAACUGAAAGACAACAAAUGAUAUUUCUGCUUGGAGUGAGCAGCUUACAACUCUUUGUUCAGAGCAAUUGGACUGGCCCUCCUGUUGUCUUACAACCACCGGAUUUUUUGCCAUCUGUUUUAUUACAGCAAUUUACUGAGACCAAAGAAUUAUGCACAAUUGUUUUGAGUCUGUUGGUUCUAGAUGGUGAAUCAAUCUACAGUUUGACUUCUCAUCCUGUAUUGCUGUUGUUAGCACGAAUAAUACUAGUGAACUUAAGACACAAAUUUCCCAGUAUUCAGACCUUACCAUGGUGGACCUUAAGAUGUGUGAACAUUCACCAACAGUUGUUAGAGGAGCGCUCACCUGAGCUUUUCAGUCUUGCACAGACCAGUAUUGAGCAAGUGAUGAAACUAGAAAAUCUGUUGGCCAAGGAGACAUGUGGAUACCUGAAUGUUCAGUUCCAUCUUGAGUGUGCACAUACGUAUUUGUAUUAUUAUGAAUAUGCAAAAGCAAAAGACCAAUUCAACAUUGCUAAAGAUAUAACCAAAUUGAAAAUUGAUUUAACAGGAGCUUUGGGGAAAAGGACUCGGUUUCAGGAAAAUUAUGUGGCACAACUUAUUCUAGAUGUACAAAGAGGAGAGGACAACCUUCCGCAUGAUGAACUUAGUCCAGCACCUACUCCUCUGGAGAAUUUAACAAAGAAUCUUGAGCUAAAUGAUGAUACAGUGUUGAAUGAGAUAAAGUUAGCAGAUUGUGAACAAUAUCAGAUGCCUGACUUGUGUGCUGAAGAGCUUGCUGUGAUCCUUGGAGUCUGUACAAAUUUCCAGAAGACCAACCCAGUGCAUAAGUUAACUGAAGAGGAGUUGUUGGCAUUUACAUCAUGUUUACUUUCACAACCCAAGUUUUGGGCCAUUCAGACAACAGCUUUGAUCCUCCGAACAAAAUUGGAGAAAGGGAGCACUCGCCGAGUGGAACGGGCAAUGAUGCAGACACAGGCUCUUGCAGAUCAGUUUGAAGAUAAGAAUACUUCUAUAUUGGAACGCCUGAAGAUUUUCUAUUGCUGCCAGGUGCCAACACGCUGGGCUAUCCAGCGCCAGCUUGCAACUUUGCUUUUUGAAUUGGGAUGCACUAGUUCAGCCCUUCAGAUCUUUGAGAAACUAGAAAUGUGGGAAGAUGUUGUUAUUUGUCACGAGCGAGCUGGACAUCAUGGGAAGGCAGAAGAAAUCUUAAGGCAAGAAUUAGAGAAGAAAGAAACACCAUCUUUAUACUGUUUGCUUGGGGAUGUGCUUCGAGACCACCAUUACUAUGACAAGGCCUGGGAGCUGUCCAAUCAUCGGAGUGCUCGUGCCCAGCGUUCCAAGGGGCUCCUUCAUCUUCGCAACAAAGAGUUUAAAGAAUGUGUGGAGUGCUUUGAACGUUCUGUGAAGAUUAAUCCCAUGCAGUUGGGAGUAUGGUUUUCCCUAGGCUGUGCUUAUAUAGCACUGGAGGACUGGGGAGGUUCAGCAAAGGCCUUUCAGCGCUGUGUGACAUUGGAGCCUGAUAAUGCUGAAGCCUGGAACAAUUUAUCUACUGCUUAUAUCAGAUUAAAACAAAAAAUCAAAGCUUUUCGAACACUGCAGGAAGCUCUUAAGUGUAAUUAUGAACAUUGGCAGAUCUGGGAAAACUAUAUUCUCACCAGCACUGAUGUUGGUGAAUUUUCAGAAGCCAUUAAAGCUUAUCAUCGACUUAUGGAUUUACGAGAUAAAUACAAAGAUGUCCAGGUUCUAAAGAUUCUGGUCAGGGCAGUCACUGAUGGAAUGACUGAUCGUAGUGGAGAUAUUGCAACUGGCCUCAAAGGGAAAUUACGGGAAUUGUUUGGCAGAGUGACUUCAAGAGUAACAAAUGAUGGAGAGAUCUGGAGGUUGUAUGCACAAAUAUAUGGGAAUGGUCAGAGUGAUAAUCCUGAUGAAAAUGAAAAGGUCCUCCAGUAUCUCACUAAGGCUUAUAAAUGUGAUACACACUCCAAUUCUUGGGAGAAAGACAUUGCUUCAUUCAAGGAAAUUGUUAAAGGGGCCGUAGAACUUGCACAUGUGGCAUUGCACUGCAGUAAGAACAAGUCAGAUCCUCAAGAAGCAGUACAGAUUCUUUCAUCAGCUCGACUCAACUUACGUGGUUUGUCAUCCAAAGCUAAGCAGCUUUUUGUGGAUUUGGCAAGUGGUGAGAUUUCCCCUGAAUUAGCUGAGGAAAUGACUACAAUGGACAUCUUGAUAACAGAACUCCAAGACAUGAGCAACCAACUAAGGAAUCAAUAUUGAGCUGUCAAGGGACAAGCACUGGAAAGAGAUGAUUCAACAAGAUAUCUGUUCUUCAGCAGUCACUCUUGUGCUUCUGUAUCACAAAGCAAACAUUAAAUAAAAGUCCUAUUUUUUUGUUGUUA